GAUUUGAAAUGCCGAGCAAUUUAACACUCCCGCAACCGGGCAAAACACCCCCGUAUGACUUGCCGAGCUAUCGUGUAACACCAAGAUAUGGAAACUUAUCAAAUUCAACAGUCUCUCAUAAUCCUAAUGAAAUUGGAGAAUUCAAUCAAACGUUUUACGGACAACAGAAUCCUGGUAUUGUACAGUACAGAUCUACAUUAAUGAAUGCGGGAAGUGUUGCGGAAAAGGGUGAUUUUGACUGUAAAAUGUCACCAUCCUAUACCCCACCGAAGUCAGUCCAAUUUAAUGUUCCACCUUCUGUAGUUACACCAGUGUCAGAAAACAACAGGGGACCUGCUGGGGUAAGUACAUCCCCAGAAGUUGAACAAACACAGACUAUUACGACAAAAAACGUUUUUCCAUGGAUGAAACCACAUUCAGAUACAAAUCCAGGAAAGAGAAGUCGCCAAGCCUACACCAAAUAUCAAACUUUAGAAUUGGAAAAAGAAUUCCAUCUUACUAGUUAACUCAUAAGAAAACGUCGAGUUAAAAUAGCUCAUACACUUGGCCUUACAGAAAGGCAAAUUAAGAUUUGGUUUCAGAAUCGCAAAAUGAAAGCUAAUAAGGAAAACAAAUUAAACAUAGCAGCAAAAAUUAUCAAACACUAA